GCAAAGAAGUUCGCGAUUCCGAAGUUAAUUGAAAACAAAUGAUGACAGAACAACGCGACAAAAAUAAUCUAGUGUGCUUCAUUUUUUGAAUGCUGUAAUACAAAAAUUUAUUCCUUUCUAUUGUAAACAAGUAAUCAACUGACUUCAACAUUACUGUGAGUGUUUUUGUCAUUGUGCCAUGAAAUCUUCAUUCAGGAAUAUUCUUUAAGCUCUUCGCCGGCCAAGUACAACUGCCGUCCUGAAGCUCACUGCUAAACGCUAGAAAGCCCUUCUCUUGGCCCCUAUAGACUGCGGCAUUGUUGGUUAGGAAUCAGUAGUGGAUCGUUGACAAUUUCCCCGGAUUAUACUCCUGAAAAAUUGAAAGCAGAAGAAAACCAACAUGAGUAAGUUCUUCACGACGGGUACGGACUCCGAGUCCGACAGCUCAUCCGAGGAGGAGCAGGUACAGAGAGCGCCUGCUGUUACGUAUACCUUCAGUGAUGAAGAGGAAGAAACUAGACGUAUUGUUCGUCCAACAAAAGUCAAACGUUACGAGGAACUUACCAAUCUGAUUAAACUGAUUCGUAAUUACAAGAAGAUCAAGGAUAUGAGCAGUAUGCUGUCAUCAUUCGAAGAUCUCCAACGUGCUUACCAGAAGGCCAUAACAGUAAUAAUGAAGGAGGAAGGAGGUCAAACUCCGCGUUUCUACCUUCGGUGUCUUGUCGAGAUGGAGGAUUUCAUAAAUGAUGUGUGGGAGGAUCGUGAAGGUCGCAAGAACAUGUCAAAGAAUAAUUCCAAAUCUUUGACAUCUCUCCGUCAAAAGUUACGUAAAUACAAUAAAGAUUUCGAAGAGGAAAUUGCAAAAUUCCGUGAGAAUCCGGAUCAGGAGGAUGACGAGGAGGAGGAGAAGCAGGAGGAAUCAGCUGAAUCUGAAGAGGAUGAUGCACCUUCCAUGUUCAAAAAGUCAGAGCCAGCAACAGCAGUAUCAGCAGCACCGGAUACUUCAAAAUUCAAGAAAACCCUAGCAGAUGAUGGUAGCGAGAGCGAGAGUGAUUGGGGUAGUGAUUCUGAUAGCGACAGCUCCAGUAGCGAUGAUGAAGGACAAUACACAAAUAUCCGUGAGCGUUUCAUCAAGAAAGCAACGGACAAGGAUGAAGAUGAGGACAAGGCAAAACGCAAAGAGCAACGUAAAGAGCGUAAAGAAAAGGAGCGUAAGAAAAAACGAGAUGAGGAUGAUGGUGAAGGUGAAUGGGAGACAGUUAAAGGCGGUUUAGUUGUUCCUUCGGAGAAGCCCAAGAUGUUCGCUAAAGAUGCAGAGAUAAACGUACCAGCUGUUAUAAAAAAAUUGUCGGAAGUUAUUGCUGCUCGUGGUAAGAAGAGGACCGACAGAAGAGAACAAAUUGAAUUGCUUCACGAACUUCAAUCGAUUGCUGACACACACAAUCUUAAAGCUGCUGUAGCAGUUAAGAUUAAAUUCUCCAUUGUCUCCGCAAUCUUUGACUACAAUCCCAAAGUUUCGGAUGCCAUGAAGCCAGAGUACUGGACAAAACUUCUCGAAAGAAUUACAGAAAUGUUGGAUAUGCUGUUGGCUACUCCUGAUAUGGUUAUUGCUGAGCACAUAACUGAAGAUUCAGAAGAGUUUGUUAAUCAACCAUUUAAAAUUCAUGGAUGUGUUUUAACACUCGUUGAGAGACUCGACGAAGAAUUCACCAAGUUACUCAAAGAGUGUGAUCCUCACAGCAACGAAUAUGUCGAAAGAUUGAAGGAUGAGAAACAAGUCGCUGGUAUUAUCGACAAGGUUCAAGAAUACUUGGAGCAUCACGGCAGUAAUUCGGAAUUGUGCAGAGUUUAUCUCAGGAAAAUUGAGCAUCUUUACUACAAGUUUGAUCCUAAUGUGCUGAAGCAAAAAGCUGGCGAAAUUCCAAAAGAUGUGUCUACAUCUGUGCAAGUCAUGGAGAAACUGUGCAAAUAUGUUUAUGCAAAUGAUCACACUGAUCGUUUGAGAACUCGUGCAAUUUUAUCCCACAUUUAUCAUCAUGCUCUUCAUGAUAAUUGGUUCCAAGCCAGGGAUCUCGUAUUGAUGUCUCAUUUGCAGGAAACUAUUCAACACUCGGAUCCAUCAACGCAAAUUCUUUACAAUCGUACCAUUGCUCAUCUAGGUCUUUGUGCUUUCCGCCAUGCCAAUAUUAAGGAUGCCCACAACUGUCUUGUUGAUCUCAUGAUGACUGGAAAAGUAAAGGAGCUACUGGCGCAGGGUCUUUUGCCUCAGAGACAGCACGAGCGAAGCAAGGAGCAAGAAAAAAUUGAGAAGCAAAGACAGAUGCCCUUCCACAUGCACAUUAAUCUUGAGCUUUUGGAAUGUGUUUAUUUGGUUUCUGCUAUGCUCAUUGAGAUACCUUACAUGGCCGCUCACGAAUUUGAUGCACGAAGGCGAAUGAUUUCUAAAACAUUCUAUCAACAAUUACGAUCAAGUGAGCGUCAAUCUCUGGUUGGUCCACCUGAGUCGAUGAGGGAACAUGUAGUUGCCGCAGCUAAAGCAAUGCGCAAUGGAAACUGGGCGGCCUGCAACAAUUUUAUAAUUGACGAGAAAAUGAAUGCCAAAGUAUGGGACUUGUUCUAUCAGGCUGAUAAAGUCCGUGACAUGCUUACCAAGUUGAUAAAAGAAGAGGCCUUGAGAACCUACCUCUUCACAUAUUCGCAUGUAUAUGAUUCGAUAUCCAUGCCAACACUUGCUGAAAUGUUCCAACUGAAACGUGGAGUUGUACAUUCUGUCAUCAGUAAAAUGAUUAUUAACGAAGAACUCAUGGCUUCUCUGGACGAUCCAUCGGAGACUGUUGUUAUGCAUCGCAGUGAGCCAAGUCGUUUACAAUCCCUGGCCGUCCAAUUGACCGAUAAAGUUCAAAACUUUGUUGAUUCUAAUGAAAGAGUCUUCGAAAUGAAGCAAGGCAAUUUCUUUUCACGAGGAGGAAAUCAAGGAAACUUCCGGGACCGUCAAAAUUACAAUAGACAAGGCCAGGACUGGAGUCGUCAGAGGCGAGAUCGUGAUCGCAAUCGUGAGGAGAAUCGCAAUUAUUGAAAAGGAAUAGAAAUAAUUGCAAUUCGAUAAACGAGUGGACAACCUAUUGGAGGUUUUUAAAAUGAUCUACUGGGUGAAUAACAAGGAAAAAUUGAAAAAAAAAGAAAAUUGUCACUUUAUACAAACAAUAUUCCAUAACUAUUGUACUUUGAUCAGUAACAUGAAUUAAAUAGUAGAAAUUUUCUCUACAA